UCCUUUGAUGCCAAAUCCCAUCCCUCGACCGGGUGAGGAGCGCCGUGAGUGGCUGAGAGGACUGAGCGUUCCUUGCAACAGCUGCGAGUUGCCUCUAUCCAACACAGGAGUUGGCGGAACUGAGCUCAGUGCAGAACGACGAACAGCGGCUUUGUCACGCAUUGCCCCAGCCCCCGACCAGCAGCCCAAACGCAGAUCGACAUAUCGCUACAUUCAUGACCGGACAGGGAUUACGUGGCGAAGGAGACAAUUUCACAGAAGAGAUUGAACGGAUUUUACGCAGGACUGCCGGGUUUUAGAAGUGUCCCUGGGGACCAUGGAUAAAGCUUUGCAUAUCCUACAGAAACCAACAGACUCAACGGACAAGGUCCUUGGCGGUGGAACGGGAAUAGCUCUGGAUAUGAGUAUAGGAGACCGGGAAUUCACGGAACAAUCUAUUAGACUUAGCAAUAAAAUCCCGUUAGUGAAGCCCUAUUUCAAAAAGAAGCACGGACAGAGGAAACUGGACUCAAAAUGCCUCCGUGCGCUCCAGGACCCCAUCCUGACCACGUUACUGAGUACGGAUGCUCUUGUUACCGGAGACGGGGUGUUUGUCCCCAGGAACCCUCUGCCAAGGACAGCUGGGAACCUGUGCACUGCUGUGGUGGUCAAACAGGCGCGGAUUGGUGGGCCUGUGUGCCGGAAAGAAUCGUCAGCUACCGGUGUAACGGCUAUGAAUACCGGCGACACGGAAAUGGUGGACACCACCGCCGAGUUGGAGGAGACAGAGGGGGGGGUAACCAAGGCACCGGUAGAUCUCCAGCGCGUGACAAUAGACUCUAACGAACGCAGAUUCCAGCUCAAACUUCACCCGCGGGCGCGCGAAGUGGCGGCGACACCCCCCACACCCGAUACCCCUCUAGUAUCCCCUCCAAGCCAGGGGGGCAACACGAUGAUUGACCUAUUUGCUUCUAAAGCCUUGCGGGGGGCAAAUUGCCUCACCAUUAAAGACGGUAAGAAAACCCCCAGUCUUCAGGCCGACAAAGGCGAGAUAUUUCAGGAUAAAAGCGAAGAGGCCUCCCUGGAUCUAGUUUUUGAUCUGCUAACCCAGCUCCAGUAUCACACGCACCAAGCCGACUCGGUUUCCAUCUGCGUGGAUUUCCUGCAGGGGUUGUGUGUGUACGGGAGUGACUGUGCUUACCAUCAUACUGUGCUGCCCUACCACUGGCAGAUCUGCAGGAGUGAUACUGAAAGCUGGCAAAGCCUGGCGGAUGAUUCACAGGAUCAGUUGGAGAGGCUUUAUUGCAAUCCGGACAAUGAACAAGUCAGGCUCAAGUUUCAGAGUCGUGUGUUUUCCUUAGACUUCACUACGAUGCGUGUAUGUGACCUGGAGUUCGACCGUGUCAGACGGUUGACCACUCCCUCCAGCCCUGCCGCCCCGCCCCCAAACACAAACCCCACCCCUAACUGCCACACAGUGUGGAAAUACUACUGCAGAGACAACUUCGGCUGGAGAGAAUACUCUGAGCCGGUAGUGCGUCUGAUAGAGGAGGCUAGUGGUCGUGGUCUGAAGGAGGUCCGGUUCAUCACCCUACAGAACCAGUACAUCCUCAACAUCAGAGAGGGCUUCCAGCAGAACGCCGUGUUCGGCUUCAGGCGCCAGAUCAAGAAACGCCCCCUCUUCCUGUCCUCCAUGGUCCUCACGCCACACCUACAGACUCUUGGUGGCCUCUCCUCCUUUUCCCCCUCCUCCACUGUGGAUCUGUCCCUUUCUCUCCCUCUCUCUCCAUCCUCCACCAACACUCCCAGCGUAUUCCCAGAGACCUGGUUACCCAUGACAACCAGCCAGGACUUCCUGCAGGUUCCGGUAUCCUGUGACGACCGGAGCUAUCGGACCGUCUACACUCUCUUCCACAAGACGGUGUCCGAAACCAAGUUCCGCAUCCUUAAGAUCCUCCGCGUCCAGAAUCCCUUCCUCUGGGAGAAAUACAAGAGGAAGAAGGAGUACAUGUCUCGUCGUCUCUCGGAGAUGGACAGGAUGCUGAGCGAGCGUCACCUUUUCCACGGCACCUCCACUGAGGUGGUAGAGGGCAUCUGCAAACACAACUUUGACCCGCGUGUCAGUGGCAAACACGCCACCAUGUUCGGACAAGGCUCCUACUUCGCCCGCAAGGCCGUCUACUCCCAUAACUUCUCCAAGCGCUCUCCUAAAGGGAUCCACUCCAUGUUCCUGGCCAAAGUGCUCACUGGCAGGUUUACAGUGGGGAACCCCUCCAUGCGUCGGCCGCCCCCACUCAGCCCCCGGGACCCCUCCAGUACCUGUGACUAUCGUGAACAGACCAGAGACAACUGGGUGGACCCCCAGAUCUACGUGGCUAUUGACAAGGAGACCAGAGCUAAACCAAACCCACUUACCACAACGGUAACCUCCCAGCCCCUCAAUAACCCGGCUGUCGCCCCGGUUUUCCGGGAACCCCGCUCACCUCCCCAGGAGCGCUUCAAUGGAGAGUUGGGCACCUGUCGGGAAUUUCUCGCUCAGUGA